CCGGCGGGCCGCCUGCGUGGAGAGUCGAGAUGUUGACCCGGCUGCAGGAGCUGCGCAAGGAGGAGGAGACGCUGCUCCGCUUGAAAGCGGCUCUGCACGACCAGCUGAACCGGCUCAAGGUUGAAGAGCUGGCCCUUCAGUCGAUGAUUAGUUCUAGAAGAGGUGAGAUGCUGCCUUCUCAGCCUGUACCAGAACCAUCACAUGAUAUGCUGGUGCUUGUAGACAAUGAAGCAUCAAUCAACCAAACGGCACUGGAGUUGAGCACAAGGAGCCAUGUGCCAGAAGAGGAGGAGGAGGAGGAGGAGGAGGAGGAGGAGGAGUCGGAGUCAGACUCCUGACGGGGAGAAGAGCCGGGUUAGUCGUGCGAGUUAAUUCUCAGAGACGUUCUCUCUUCAAAGAGUGCUCAUGGGCCCUAUAGCCUGCUUUAAAAGGAAGCACGAACUUUAGGAGGAUGUGGAGUUGUAAUAAUAGUUCCAUCAGUAACUCAGGUUUCAGAGUGCUUUAACGAAAGUUGGUGACAGAAGAGCAGAGAUGCAGUGUUUCAGCAUUGAGCAGUAUGGGUGGUGCUGUGUUUAUAGGCUGGUCAGACUGAAUAGUUGCCUUCUAAACAAAAAACUUCCUCUGAAGUGCUAUUGAGAAGGUCUGGCAUCUGCAAAAAGGGCAGAGUUUAAAUACAAGCCAGCCUUGCAGCCAACAAUGCCUCUAUUAAGAAAACCACUUAAACACUGUUCGCAUGCCACUGAACCCUUGUGAGCAGAGCAAGGCUACAGUCUGGGAGAGAAAAAGAUGACAAAGAGACAGAGGGCACUUGAGAGCCCAGGCUGCUGCCACCUCUCAGUGACAUCGUAACACUGCCUACUACACGCUAUGUGUGGGUGUCAUCACACCUCGGUUGAGACAUCAUUAUGAUAAAAACGAUUAGAAAUAAGUUACAGAUAAAUAGCUGUCAUGCGGCUUGCCACUUUCCAGACAACAGACCAAAGGAUCAGUUCCUCUGGGGUGAACGAUACAGUAGGAUGGUUUAAACCCAUUUCUAGACUUAGGAAUUGUGCCAUUGAAGAAGGAUCACGAGGCUUGGGAGAUUGGAUUUCAUAAAGAAUUGACAGCAGAAUAAGAGAAACUUCAUAUUUUAAGUUGACACUCAUUUUUGCUUAUUGUCCCUUUUCCAGUGAAUACACAAAUAUGUAGUUGCUUGAUUUUAUAAAAGUAAUUUGCCCUGCCCAGAAAUAGAAAAGCCAAACAAAACACAACCUUCUUAGGCAUAGCUUCUUACACAACUGUUCUAGGAGAGAGCAUAGACAUAUUUGUUAAUCGAUGUUUCAUUAAAUCAAUGAAACAUCUAUUUGUUUCAUUAAAGUUAUCUUAAGCUACUCUUACAUGAAGUAGCCAGAAGCUUAAAUGAACAUAUUUCUUGUAAAACACAGUGUGAAUAUCAUUUUGCAACAAAAAGCAUCAGGGUAUACAUUUUGGGGUCUAAUGUCAGAUACAAGCAUGGGCUUUUAAGAGUUGGAAAAGUUGGGUAUGAAUUCUAGCUUGACGACCAACUGGUUGCUUGCUUUUCACCUUUUCGGGAGUUCUCUCGUGUCUAUAAAAUGAGUAUUCACAUCUGCUCUAGCAGUUUCAGGGAUCCUCGUGAGAUGCUAAUGAGGUAUCACUUAAAAAUCCAACUAUUGGUAAUUCCCUGGUGGUCCAGUGGUGAGGAUUCCUGUGCUUUCACUGCUGAGGGCAGUUUACACAUUUCAGUGAGACAUUCUCAGAGGUGGUGACAUCCUCUCUGUUAGGAAAAGACCCUGGAUGCGAGGAGGGUGUGGUUCUUUAACCUCAUCUGAAUGUUUCUUGUUGAAAACAUGUGUGUUAGACUGUUGACUUAGAGAGCAGAUGUUAGCCUCUCAGGGGGAAAAAAUGAUUGAUUGGCUGAGGCAGCCUUGUAUAUAUAGUAUUGACCAGUAUUUAAAAUCUUGGCUGUCUUUCCGGCUCUCGUAGAUCUGCAGUGGAACUACCUACUUAGGAGAUUUACUGUUUUUAAUUUGAAAAUGAAAUAAGUGUUUAAACAAAUAUUUAUUUUGGUUUUCUAUCACCUGCUCUUUCAAAGAAGGAAAUGAGGGAAGAAGUGCUGAUUAGGCAGCCUCAUAUAUAACCUAAAUCUCAAGAGUUACUUUUCAAAGAAAGGGCGGGCCAGUCAGGACACGGCUUUGUGGGGUUUUUUUUGCAAUUUCACGGCCAGCCCACAGGCACGGAAGUCGGUGCCCAGCACUCUUCUCCUCUCCAGGGACGCGUGUCAGCUGUAACUGGUGACAGCGGGGAAGCCACGGCUUAGUGGGGCGAGCAGCACAGUGCAGUCCCGGGGGGAGGCUCCAGUGCCGGCUGCCCGCCACUGCUACCCCCGCCUCCUGCUUUCCCCUUGUAUAAAGAGAUGGAAGAAAUCAAUGGGAUCUGUUCACAGGUCCACAGGAAAGCUGGCUGGAAGAUAAGGGUGCUUGCUGAGAAGAACUGGACAAAGUCCAAAGAUUAGAAUUACAGGAAGCCACAUUGGUCCAAAGCACUGAACUUGUUCUUAGUGUGGUAUUUCCGCCUUCCAGCUUCCUUCCUGUCUUUGCGUUUCCCCCCUCAUUAAUGCCUGGCUGCUAAAUCAUUUGAUGAUUUGUCCACUACAGACACUGAAAAUGCCACCACAAAAGCAGAAAUCGUUUUCAUCCUUUGAAUUUGAUAGUACAUUUAUUAGAGUAAGAGAUUAGGUUUGUCAGACAUCUGGAUUAAGAUGGUUAAAGGAUUUUCAUAGUUUUUAGGCACUGUACACGCUGUUGUUUGCAAUAGCAUCAGUACUUGGGUUUGGUGAAAGGUAGAUCUCCUUUAUUUUAAUGCCUUGAUCCAUUUGUAACAUUCAGAGUAACUCCACCAUUUUAGAAACACUAAUCCAAACUUAGAGAGACAGCACUAAAUAUCCACACGGUAUAUUU